AUGAAAGUUUUUAACACAAAGCUUCAAACGGUAGUGAGAGAACAACUGACUGCGGAAGGACAUCCAUUACCUUCAGAAGUUACCAUAGCAUAUAAUUUUGAAACAAACUCAAUAGAUUUUAAAGUCAUCUCUGCAAAGAAGUCAGGAUUUACAUUUAAUGAAGCAGAUGUAUAUUCGAAUGAAAACUUCAAAGCUAUUGCAUGGUUAGAUAAUGACGAUUGCUUUAAGAAAAUAUUUAAAUACAGUGACUCAACGAUGUCAAUAGAUGACCUUCGUGGAAUGUUACCAUCGACGUUUACAGUUGAAGGUUCAGCAGGAUUGCUUACAAGAUUGUCAAUUGGUGGUAUUUGGUCUCGUGAGAACAUUGUUAUAAAAUCCAGUAUAAGUGAAUUUGCUGAAGAAUCUAUAUUAUGUCUUUCAAACUACAUGUAUUCGCCGCCGAAGCAUUAUAGUAUAACAAACUUUGUCAGUAAGUUUAACAUAAGACUUGUCGAACCUUCUUCAAUGAAAGAUGUUGUGCUACCUAAAGAUGGAAAGGAUGGACUCAUUAUUGAGAUGAUUUUAAUAGCAUAUUAA